AUGAAACGUACAGGUGAAAUUGAUGGUGAUGUUCCUGUCCACGAUCAUCUUGCUGAUCCUGUGGAAGUUGCGGUAAAAAAAGCUAAAAUAUCAUUAAAAAGGAAAGCAAUUCGAAAUAAUGGUACCAAUUCGAAUACGAUUGCUAAAGUUUUGUCAACUGUACCAUCACCCGUAAAAGCAAUAAUGCCGUCUGUGAAGUCACUAACACGUACAGUUCAACGUGCCAAAAAAAAAAAUAACAUCAUAAGCGUUAAUCCUGAUUCACUUCAAAAUUUACACAUUCCUAACGAGUAUAAAUUUACUAUAAGUGGGAAAUUAUUUUUAUUACAUGAUAAUGGUGGUGGUAAAGAUCGUUUUAUCAUUUAUUGUACGAAUGAAAAUUUGGGAUUGUUGGCAGAUUGUGAUGUUUGGUGUUGUAAUGGAACUUUUAACUCCGUGCCAUUGAUUUUUCAACAGCUUUACACUAUCCAUGGUAUGUACCAUGGGAAAUUAUUGCCAUUAGUGUAUAUAUUAGCACCUAAUAAAUCUAAUAAGAUGUAUACAGCUGCAUUAUCUGUGUUGAAGGUCAAUAAUCAAAAUUUGAAUCCGAAUCGUAUUAUAAUUGAUUUUGAACGUGCGUUUGCGUCUGCAGUUGAAAAAGAAUUUCCUAAUUGCACAGUAUCUGGUUGUCUGUUUCAUUUUACACAAUGUGUUUAUAGACACAUACAGUCAUGUGGAUUACAAAUAAAUUAUAAUACUGACUUGAACUUUGCUGUUAACAUUCGAAAGCUUAUGGCACUAUCAUUUGUGCCCCCCGAUGAUGUAGUUGAUGCUUACGAAGAACUUAUUGGAACUAAAUUUUUUGACGAUAAUGACGAUUUAUUAAAUGAUUUUCUGCAAUAUUUUGAGCGAACUUGGAUUGGUGAACGUCGACGUAAUGGUAAUGGAAGAAAAAAUCCAUUAUUUCCAAUUAUUAUGUGGAACUGUUAUCAAGCUGUAAUAGAUAACGAACUGCGUUCAAACAAUGGCGUUGAAGGUUGGCACCAUUCGUUUAACUGUAAAGUACGUGUUGCUCAUGAAAUUUUUAGUACAUUUGUUCGUGUGAUAAUAGAUGAGCAAGAAAUUACAGAAACAAAUGUUUCGCAAAUUGAUGCUGGAGCUGAUGUUGUCGCCAAGAGACGUAAAAUAUAUAUUGCUAAAGAAGAACGCAUAAAAGUUAUUGUUGAGCGUUACGAUGUCAAUAAUAAAAUGAAAUAUUUAAAAAGUAUUGCCUCUGUAAUACAAAUGAAGUAA